AUGAAGUUCUCCCACAGCAUCCAGUUCAACGCUGUGCCGGACUGGUCUUCAAACUAUAUCUCCUACUCAAACCUGAAGAAGCUCAUAUACCAGCUUGAGAAGCAAAUUCACCAGAAUGGCCAGCCAACCUCUAGCCAGGACCCCGAGUCCUCGCCUUUGCUUACAUCCAGCUCCUUGGACGAUCCGGACAAGGUCUUCUCGAAGAAGUUGGACGACGAGUUGGAGAAGAUCUGCAGCUUCUACCAGCUGAAAGAGCUUGAAAUUCUUGGUGAGGUCGAUGCCCUGCUGCGAGAUGUGGAAGAGUUCGAGGCUGAGCAUGCCGCUGGUGAGGACGGCGAAGAUGCUCUGCGCAGGCAGAGUGUUUGGGCCAAGGCACGGCAACAGAGCAUAUUUCGCAGCGUCGCCAAGCGGCGGAAGACCUCAACAAUAAGCAGCGGACGAGCAGGUCGUGCACCGGAAGACGACGAUGAGAGUGAUGACGACGACAACGAGCACACUGCGCUCAAUAAAAGUCAGGCUUCGCUGGAACGACGUCCUACAACCCGGAGCAGAGCGUACUCGAACGGUGAAAGGGCAGAUGACUUUGGUUCUUCUGAGUUCCGCCGCAGACCAAGCACGGCCUUCAACGACUUUGGGGACGAUGCGCUUCAAGCCCUAUAUGACGAAGGCAUAACGCUGAAGAAACGCAUUGUGAAUCUCUAUGUCAACAUAUGCGAGCUUCGCUCUUUUAUUCAACUCAACCAAACCGGCUUCAGCAAGGUUCUCAAGAAGUAUGAUAAAAUCCUUGACAGGAAUCUGAAGAGCUCAUAUGUCGAUGCCAAAGUCAAACCCGCCCAGCCGUUCCAACAGAGCUCAAUGGACCGUCUGGAAGAAAGCUUGCGGAAGGUUGAGGGAUCAUAUGCUAGUAUUGUUACCAAGGGCGAUGUGGAGGCCGCACGACGAGAACUGCGUUUGUCCCUGAGAGAGCACGUCGUGUGGGAGCGAAACACCGUCUGGCGAGAGAUGAUAGGCAUCGAAAGAAAAGCUCAAGCCGCCAACUUGGGUAUCAGAAACACCAUGCUCGGACAGGACAAUGACCCCAAGAAAGCAAGGCUGCAGGGUGACGCGGAUGAUGGGACAAUCAAAGAGGUCACUACUCCCAUUGGCAAGUACAGAUGUCCAAAGUUCUUGGUUUCGGGCACCUUCUGGGUUCUGGUCGCUAUCAUAGCAGUAUUUGCGGUGCUCCUUGCAGUUCCCAUUAUGGAUCGACCUGAGCAACAGAAUUGCUUGGCUCUGGUUAUAUUCGUCAGCUUACUGUGGGCGACGGAGGCAAUCCCGCUGUUCGUCACAUCACUACUGGUACCGUUCUUGUGCGUGGUCUUGCAAGUUGUUCGAGAGGAUGCCAAACCGUACCGUCGACUAUCCAGCAAAGAAGCAGCUGGCUACGUCUUUGCAUCCAUGUGGACACCAGUCAUUAUGUUACUGCUUGGCGGCUUUACCAUUGCUGCAGCCUUGAGCAAGUACAACAUCGCCAAAAUGAUGGCCACCUUUGUGCUGUCUAAGGCUGGGACGAAGCCUAGGACAGUACUGCUGACAAGUAUGGGAGUGGCCACAUUCGCCAGCAUGUGGAUCAGCAACGUCGCAGCACCAGUCCUCUGCUUCAGCAUUAUCCAGCCUAUUCUUCGGAAUCUUCCUGCUGACAGUGAAAUGUCCAAGGCACUGUUAUUGGGAAUCGCGCUGGCAUCGAAUAUCGGAGGCGCAGCCUCCCCAAUUGCGUCUCCGCAGAAUCUCAUUGCGCUGGAGAACAUGGAGCCGCAGCCAGGUUGGGGCACUUGGUUCUUCAUUGCACUGCCAGUCUGCAUCAUCAGCAUAUUAGCGAUCUGGCUGCUUCUGCUGGCUACCUUUAGACCGGGCCGAAAUACCACAAUCGUACCUAUCCGGCCGAUGAAGGACAGGUUUACUGGCGUUCAGUGGUUCAUCUCACUGGUCACUAUCGUGACUAUCGUGCUUUGGUGCAUCAGCCACCAACUGGAGAGCGUCUUCGGCGAUAUGGGCGUUAUUGCCAUAAUUCCGCUUGUGUUGUUCUUUGGCACAGGCAUUCUGACGAAAGAGGACUUCAACAAUUUCUUGUGGACGAUUAUCAUUCUUGCCGCUGGUGGCCUGGCUCUGGGGAAAGCGGUCAACAGCUCUGGAUUGCUCAAGACUAUCGCGAUUUCGAUUACAGAUGCCGUUGCUGAUCUAUCCCUGUACGGCGUUACCUGCGCCUUUGCAGCGCUGAUUGCAGUCGUGGCUACCUUCAUCAGCCAUACAGUCGCUGCGUUAAUCAUCCUUCCCUUGGUGCGUGAGGUUGGAGCUGGCAUGGCCGAGCCGCACCCGAACCUCCUUGUCAUGGCCUCAGUGCUCAUGGCGUCCGCUGCCAUGGGUCUGCCAACCAGCGGUUUUCCGAACAUGACUGCAAUCAUGAUGGAGGACUCGCAAACAGGGCAAAGGUACCUGCAGGUCAGGCAUUUCCUGACACGAGGUGUUCCCGCCAGCAUUAUCUCGUACGGUAUCAUCAUAAGCGUUGGGUAUGGUCUCAUGAUGGCGGUUGGGUUUUAG